GGGGAAUCGCCGAAGACAAGAAACAGGGAAUUAUUCGCAACCUUGUCAAAUUAAUGCCAGAAACCAGAAGAGCUUUCUGGAACAACAUCCCUACUGAUGCAGUUGAAGAUUUGAUUGUCGUACAAUAAGAAAAAAGUACAGAAGGUGGAUAUGGAAGUGUAACAGACUCACAGCUGCAUUGCAUACUGAAUUCCCUAUCUAGAGAUGAACAUUCAAAUAUGGGUACCCCAGAUAUUGCAGAUAUUACUCUAAAUGAAAAGAGGUAUCACCUACAACACCACAGAAAUUCAACUCAAAUUACGAUGAGUUUCAAAGAAGCAUACAUUCCCAAUACUCUUUUGAAGAGAUUAAGUAAUUCAUAUAUUGCCAACCUAACUGCCGCUGAAGUGAAAGUGAUGAUGGACUCCACGGAUAUGAGCAUUAAUUCUGUUCAACACAUCUUCUCUAAUUUAAAUCAUACAGUGUUUCAGUACAUGAUGAAUGAGGCUGCAUCAGAUGAGUCUGUUAUGGACAUUCCAGAGAUGUAUUACCACCCAAUGAUUGAUGCUGGCAUAAACCAGUUUGGACCAGUUUCCCAAUGGACUCCUGACCAGGCUCUGAUGAUGAAGCCAUUCCUCCAAGGACUCACUAAAGAACACAUUAAAGAGCUGGGAUCUGAGACUUUCCAUUCUAUACUUCCAUCACUGGAAGAGUUGUUGGAGGAGGAAGAGGAUUCUGUCGAGCAUUCUGUACAAAUGGUAGUUAUGCAGAAGUACAAAAAACUAAAGGGCCCUGUGAUACGUUGGUCCAUUGAGGAUUUAGCCCAAGUCAAAGCUUUCAUUACUACAUUAACAAGAAGAGAUAUCAAGUCCAUUCCUGAUCAGGUGAUUGAUAAGUCUCUUGACGUUGUUGAAAGCCGCUAUAUUGCCUCAAACCCCAAAAUUGGUCGGGAUUAUCUAAACAGAAUCACCAACCUGCCAACAUGGAGCUGGUCAAUGGAGAAUGUAACACGCCUGGGAGAUUUAGUGCAGUUUGUGUCACCUAGGGACAUGGCCAGGCUUCCUGCCUCUAUAAUCACCAUGGAUGUAUUUACAUCAAAAGUCCAAAAACAAGGAAAGGAAAGUCGUCUGAUAGCCAGGAAAGUUGUGGAGCAACGUGGGGACCCAUCAGCCUGGAGCGCAGAUGAUUUGCGAAGUGUAGGUAGAUCAGUUGGAGGCCUAGACGUGAAGGACAUUGAGAAGAUACCAGCUGAAGCAAUUUUAGGUGCUAUGGAUGAUCUCAACAAGGCUGAAAUGUCUCCAAGACAGAAGAAAACUCUGUUAAAGAAGGUCAAAAGAAGGGACAGUGGACGUUUAUCAGCUGAUGAUAUUAAGAAUCUGAAAGGAUUGAGCACAAUGUUGAAGACAGAUGAACUGAAGGAGCUUAGGUCAGAGGAGAUUUUAGAAGCUGCUGAUACAUUCAGAGAAAUUGGCAAAGAUUUAAGCAGAGCCAAGAGAAAAGAAAUUGUACAAAAAGCAUCCAAAGCUGAAAAUGAUGUUGGUACAUUGAUUGGUAGCUUGGGAGAGGACUAUGUGGCAGAGAUCCCAUUGAAGUCUGUCAGGACAAUGACCUACUCUGACAUCACCAGUAUGUCAGUGGCUACUGGGAACAACCGCAGCACUGGAGCAAGUGAGGUCAAAUGGACUAGAUCACAGAGCAAAUCAUUAUAUAGAAGUAUUAAGAGAGGAUUAGAAGAAAUAGAAGGAGAUGAAGUGAUAUUUACCACAGAUAUUAUCAGAACCUUGGGCACCAUAGCUGCUGGCCUUCCUUGCGAUGACAUCCAUAAGAUGGCUGGAGAUGAUGUUGUUUCCUUGGUAACAGCUUUGAUGGAACAAGAUGGUUGGAAUAACAAACAGAUGCGCUGUAUAAAGGAUACAAUCAAGGAUGGUAAUGCUGACUUUACAUCAAGCCUGACAGAGGGUGACAUCACAAACCUAGGUGGCAGGGUUCUCAAAGAAUUCAGUGUGGAUGAUUUAGGUAAGAUUCCAGAGCAUUUGCAAGGAUUAACAUUUGAACAGAUUGGAAGCACAGAACUCACAGAAGAUAAGAAGGAGAAAAGAAAAUGGAUGGCAAAAAUCUCAUUAAAAGUCAUGAAUAAAACUGGUGACAAAGCCAUAAACUCAGAUGAUCUCCUAAGCCUUGGUAACUUAACAUGCAGUAUGCCGGCAGAGGCCUACACUCGUAUUGAAAACGAAGCUUUUAGCGAAAAUGUGUACAGCCUGAGGGAGUGUUUCUUAGACCAAGAGCAAAUGGGAGCAAUACGCGAUAAACUUAAAGAUGUAAAUGGUGAACCUGGCAUGUGGAGUAGUGAUGCCAUAGCAACCGCAGGCCCGCUCCUUGCAAGUCUUUCAGAGGAUGAACUCAUGCAGCUUGAUCAUGCUAGUUUUUCAUCAGUUGCUAUGGAAACUCUAAAUAGUUUCAAGGAGUUUAAUGACCGGAAGGCAAACCGUGUUAUUGAUACUGAUGAGGACGAUGAACGAAAAUGGAAGCAGGGGUUUACAGGUGUUGCUAUUCGAACAAAAGAUGCACUUGUGGCAGACACAGAAUCAGCCUUAAGGAGGAAGAAGAGAGAGGUUGUUCAUAGCCCAACAUGUGAGGAGAUCCUUGACCUUCAGGAUGGUAACAUAGCAUGGACUGUUCAGGAGCUGGAAGUCAUCACCACUGAUACAUUUCAAAACUGCUUUGACACUCUUGGCAGUGUCAGUGGUUUUUCAGAGGAUCAACUGGAUGUGCUGCUUAACAAAGCAAUAGAGACUUGGGGAUCUGUUAGAAACAUCUCCUCUGAUGAUAUCGCACUACUUGGUCACAUAGCAACCCGCUUCACUCCGGAACAAAUCAGUGCAUUGGAUUUGUCAGAUAUUGAUACGCUGUACACUGUUGGUCAGUUUGAUGGCUGGCAAACAGUACAGCUUGAGAGUGGGCUGAAUCGAUUCCUUCAGUUGAGUGGAUGGCACAUCUCAGAUUUGAAUGCCACAGAUCUCACUGGUCUUAGCAACUUCCUCUGCGGAAUGUCUUUGGAUCAGAUGCUGGAUAUCUCAUCUGAAAGUUAUGGUGGAGCCUCAUCUGAUAUUGGUAAAUUAUCCACAUGUACUCACCAGCGAUUGUCUGUAUUAAAGGACAAAGCUGUCGAUGUGUAUGGGGAGAUUGCAUCCUGGCUUCCAGAGAUCUACACUGAAGUCGGCACUGUUGUUGCUGGUUUUUCUUCUUCUGAUUUUACUCACACUGGAGAAGAGACUCUCGCUGGUGUGCUACCUGAAGCUCUAGCGUUGAUUCCGUCCGACACAUUCAGGGAUGUGUUCAGUGCUGAAUUGGUUGGUUAUUUUGAUCAAUACCAGGCCCAAGCCAUCACUGCUGAACAGCGAUCAAUGUUGUCAAGUAGGGUGCUGGACUCGCUCAAUGCUGCGGAGUAUGGUGGUGAUGCUACAAUUCUCUCACAG